AUUGAAAUUUACUUCAAAUAUUCAAAACAUUCUCUUCUCCCCAAGCCAAUCCCAAAAUUUAUUAUUUUCAAUCUCUCUCUCAAAUUUCAUGAUCCAAUUUUCUUGUUGACUUCAUCCAUGGCGGUCCGCUUCAAAUUCAGAAGCUCCUUGACCUUCGACACCGUCGAUAUCGACGGCCGACCUUCAAUUUCUGUGCGCGAUCUCAAAUCCAAGAUUAUUCGCUUCAAAAAUCUCAAUCUUUGUCAAGACUUUGAUCUUGUUUUAUCUGAUUCUCUCACUGGUCAAGAGUACAUUGAUGAGAACUUUCAAAUUCCGGAUGGUUCAAGUGUGAUAAUCAAGAGAGUGCCUGCGGAAUCGGUUCAAGCAAACAUUGCUGGACCUCUCUCUAAUCCACAUGAGAAUCUUCGGAUGAAAGAAACCUUGAAGCUCAAUCCAUCUAAUUCACAGAAUGUUGAGACACUCGACUUUGAUGACUUUGGGGUUGAUUUGUAUCCUGUUGAGGCGACCUUAUCUAGUUCUAAUCUUGAUGUGAAGAGGGCUUGCAUCAAUAGUGACCCUCCGAAAUUCGGCACUGCAGCAAUAUGUUCUGAGUCUCCUUUGAGAGAGUGUCAGAAACUUGAUGCAAGCGAUCUCAGUGAUGCUGUUCCAGGAUGUCCUGCCAAUGAUGGAAACGAGGGGGAUUCAUUUCAGAAAAAGUUGGAGCCAAAAGUUCAUAAUGAAAUGAAAAAGGUGGAUAGCAACAAAGCUCGAGCUUUGCAAGAUGCCAAUCUGCCUUCAGAGCUUAAAUGCUCCAUCUGCAACUUAUUUUUUAAGGAAGCAGUGAUGAUUCCUUGCUGUCAGCAUAGUUUUUGUCAGAAAUGCAUUUAUCAAGUGCUUCUUGAUAAGGAAAGUUGUCCAAAAUGUUUUUCUACCAAAUAUGGAGUACAAAAUCUCUUGCCAAAUGUUUCUCUUAGGCAAGCAAUUGAGCAUUUUCUUGAGUCUCAAAUUUUAUCCACUGAUUCAGGCAACGAGUGUCAGCGAUAUGCUCCUGAUGGAGAGUCUGGAAUUCAAGCCAAAGAUGUCUCAUGUGGUGUGUCCGUAUUCCAAAGAGCAUUAGAGUUGCCUCACUCUCCCUCUGAAACUGGGAGGGGAUCAAAUCAUAUAAUUGUAGAAUCCCCUAGUAAAUCAAAAUCACCAUUUAAAAUAAAUGUGUACAACCGUUAUGGAAGCAAUGAUACUUUGAAAUCACCUCCUUUGUUACGCAAGAUGAAGCAUAUAGAUAAAAUCGGACCUGGGGAUGUGGUGGAUUUUGAUGAUUUCCAAGGAGAAAGCCAGCCCGUGCUCGAGGAAGUGCCUGCAGCUAAAACUAUGGUGAAGAGAAAGAGAGAAAGCUGGAUUGAUAAUGAAGGUGGACAUAAGAGCAUUGUAGAGUCUGCAAAACACAAAAAGGGUGCCCGAACAUGCUACUUUUGUGGUUCACCAGACCAUUUCAUUAGAGAUUGCCCAGCUGCUAUGAUAAGCGCACGUCCUAUGCUUCAGACAGGAAAUGCCAUGUUUCCGGGGGCUAUGCCAAGCUCUAUGCCAUACUGGAAUGGGUCUUCUGUGCCUUAUGUGAGGCCCUAUGGAAAUCUCUAUGGCAAUGGUGGGAUGGUACCUUUUAAUGGGAGGUUUUUCCCAUCUACCCCUUUUGCUGUUCCUACCUAUAUGUCAUCAAUGUAUCACCCCAUGCCUGCUUUUGGCAGGUGCAUGAGGAUGGGAGGUGUAGCACCUUCAGUAGGAACUAUUGAAAACCAUCGUGCAAGUCAUCCUGAGUUUUUGGGUCUUCAAGAACAUGAAAAGAGUCGAAUGCUUUCAAACCAUAAUUUUAGGAGAGAGCUGUCUCCAACUGGCAACCAAACUGGAGACUUUGAUGAGCUGAGUCGUGUUGGUCACAAAGAAACACCCUAUGAUCAUAAACCUCGUGAAAAGAUAUUGAGCUACUCUGCCGACAGCUCUACAAAAGGUUGUCAGAGGAAGCAUUAUCGCUGUAAUCACAUGGAUGAUGACCUCCGCUCAGUUGGUGAAUAUCACCAGAAGAACACUCAUUCCUUGGUUCGUGGUAGAGAUCAGAGGCAGAAUCAUCGGUCAGAGAAACUAAGUUCUGAAGUUGACAAUCUGCCCUGUAGCUCCAGUUGGAAUGGAGAUGAGGGGGAAAAGCAUCAUUAUAAGAGCUCGAAAAGGCAUAGUGGGGAUAGGGAGCACUCUAGCACCAGUCGGAAUGAUGAUGAGGGAAAAAAACACCAUCAUAAAAGCUCUAAAAAGCACGAUGUAAAAAAAGAGCAUUCUAGUGCUGAUUUUGGUCGGCAUCACUCUCAUGCUAGAAACAGAAGUGAUUUAGAUAAAAAGAGUAAAGAGCAUGAUGUGAAAAGGCACAAUCAUAAACAUCACUACUUAGAAUCCGAGUUGGAACAAAGCACUUCCGAUGAUCAGGUGAAGCAACAAAAAGAAGCCGAGCGAAGUUUGAAAAAGUCCAAGUACAAAUCAAAGUGCAACAACAUUGAACCAAGUAACGAGCGGUGGAAAAUGAUCAGCGGAUCAGAUGAGGAUGGUUCGGAAGAAUAUCAAUAUUAUAGGCGAAAAAGAGAACACUGAAGAAAGCUAGCUAUAGGGGAUGAUGAUCCCCAAGGUAAUCAGUGUAUAUGAAGGACAUUUUCUACAAUUCCCUGAUCUCUCUGGUACACUCUUUUCUGUAGGUAUUUGUAUAAAUUUGGUUUUUCAUCAUCUCUUAUGAUUUUUUAUCUCUCAUUAAACUAGAAGGCGAUGGAUUAAUUAGGGCAUUUACUAUAUACAAAAUUAGAUUCUUUCUGAGCUAAUAUGAAAUCUCUAUUGGUUUUGGUGA